UCCAAGCACGAAAUGAAGCAAAACGACAAAGAAGAAGAUCGCCGAAAAGGAACAGGGAAAGAAAAUAGAACAGUACAAAGACGAAGAACACCGUGCUUCUCAAUCAAUCACAAUGCGUGGGAGGGGAGAGCGGUGUAGGAUUUCCGCAGCGAUCGAAGCUCCGGGGGGAGGGAAACCCUAGAAAUGGCGUAGCAUUUUGGUAAAAAGGAAAUGUGGUUGGAGACGGUGAGGGGGAGCGAGUGGGUUUCUAUUUUGCUGGAAAUUGACAGAGAGCUCCGACGACCCGCUGCAGGAAAUUUGUGUGUAAAUAUGGAAAGAAAUGAGAUUCUUUGAAGCGACGUGUUACUGUUUCUAUUUCAUUUCCCAUUUCUUUUUCAUUUCCGAAUUUUGGGGGCAGUAGUGCUGACGUGACGUGGGGGAGUGGAGUGGAGCGGAGGGGAAACAGGGGCGUGUUGAGAUGUGGGCAGGAGUAUUUUAGCAUUGCUGUACCGUUUGAUCUGGCCCAUAGUUAGUAAAAUACGGUAUGGAAAAAUUAUUUAUAAAAUACAUACGGGUAUUUACUUUAUCUAAACUAAUGUUAGGUUUAAUAGUACGUUAAUAAUCAUAAAUAUAUAUAAUAUAUUAAUUUAAUAAAUAAUAAAUAAUAGUAAAUUUAACAAUUUAAUUCAUAUAAUACGGAUAUUAAAGGUAUUAUAUGGAUUUUAUACGUGUUUAGUACGGGAUUCAUCAAAUGAAUGGGGGAAUGAAACGACUUGACAAUAAUAUAAAUACGAAUAUGAAAGUUUUAAAUGGAUAAAAUACGUACGAAUACAUAUACGUGUAUUAAACAGAGUAUUUACUAGCUAGACUCUAGGCCAAGGAGCAUAGCAUAGGUAGGAUCAAGGAUGCACCAUACAGGGUGGGCUGUAUUGUAUCUGAUGCGGCUGGAUAGUAGUGGUCAAGUUAUAGGUUAAAUGAUGGGGUGAGAUGGCAUUGUUAUUCCUAAAGAGAGGUUGGAAAAAUAAAAAAUGACAUUCCUAUUAUUUAUAGGCUUUUAAGGUGAUUGAUUUGUGUUGCAUUUAAUAAAUUUGUCUGGAUUAAAAUUUCAUAUCAAUUACUUUUUUUUUUCAGUGCAAUGUUAUUUCAAAAAAGGGAUGUAAUUAAUAUGAGUUCAGAGUACAAGUGCAAUGGUAGUUGUUCAGUACAAUGGUAGUUCAAAAAAGGAAUGUAAUUAAUAUGAGUUUUUAAUUCACAAAGAUUAUUAAAUGCAACACUAACUUAAUACAAAAAAUAACUAUAAUUAAUAUGGGUGUCAUUUUUUCAACCUCAUAGAGGGGUAAGUUUGAGUAAAGGUUACAAUGUCACUUUGGGUCUUGAUGGAUAAUAGGUUAAAUAUGUUCGGAUAGUGCUAAUCACUAAAUCAUGUCACUUUGUCUUACAAGUUCGUUUUAAUGGGGAAGGGAUUCUAUCAAUAACCUACUGGUCAAUAAACAUGCAUAAUCCAACCAGAAUCACCUACAUCAGCACCUCUCGAUGAAAAGUUUUUAAUCUUUUCACCUUUAAUAUUUAACGGACGAUUAUUCUCUCGUUUUAAGUUGGAAUUUAAAUUUUUUUGCACAGAUAAAUCAGAUCAAUUGUACUCUUCAAAAUGAUAUUCAUUUUGAUAUAUUUUUAAAGCAAAAAAAAUAGAGGCAUUUUCCCCAAUCUAUACCAUUGUGGUAUUGAUUGGUAUUAAAAUUAGAACAUACCAUAUGGUAUGAAAGCGUAUCAUGGUAGUAUAAUAUACCAAGACUAUAGGAUGGUUGAAUACAUAAUACUGUAAUAGUAGAAGUAUACUAACUGUCAUUUACGACUUUCAACAUUGUGUGCCACAAGAUACCACCCCCCAUACCAGUGUGGUAUUUGUUGGUCCUGUAUUUUUCACACCCAAAAUUUUUGGAUCCAAUAAAUCAUGAUGAACUCAUUCCUUCUAUGCAAAAAGUUUCUAAAAUGACUAAAAAACAAAGGAGAUACCAUAUGGUAUGGAGUUGGUAACGAGAGGUAUGAAAAAAAAUGUCUCAAAAAAUAUUGAAAAUGCAUCUCAUUUUGUAGAGCACAAUGAACUUGUUCCAUCGACAAUCCGAGUUAGAACAAAGAAGAUAAGAGCCGAUUAAGAAAUCUAGGUUAAAUAAAAUGCAUUUAACUCUCAACACUAAGAUCUGGAUUUUCUAGGCUUAUUUAAAAAUAAAGGUCCCGAUUUAGUUAUGAACCUUAAUUUGAGCCGUUUUAAUGGUUAAAUGAGUAAAUGUGAUCAUAUGGAUAAAUUAAGUUGCAAUACCAUUUGAACCAUAAUCGUAACACGAUUCGAAAAAAGAGAGGUUAAAGUGGAAGAGUGCAAGUAAAUAGCUUCAAUUAUGUGAUUAAUAGAGUUAUAUAAUUUACGAAGUAAAAACUCAUACUCUUCAAUGGCUAUGUUUGUCUCAGACUCUUAAAAGUGCUUUUUCGACUUCAAAAGUUAAAGCAGGGCAAAUACCUUUAAAAACUCGGCUUUUGAAAAACUGAAAAAAUGUUUUUGUAUAACAUAAAAGCAGAAGCUCCGAUUUGGAAAAUACAAAGAUUAUUCUUACCAUAUUUCAAUUUUAUUGCAGAAAAUGUAAUUUUCUUUCAUUAAUAUCAUUUUAAAAAUAAAAUAAAUUAUAAUAAUAUAAUAUUUAAGACAAAAGAAAUCUAACAAUGUCCAUUUUGACAACUUUUUAUUGUUUUGAAUUUUUAUUCAUAUUUUAUGUUAUAAAUCCUUUAUAGACAUUUUACAUAGCCUAUGUUUGGCCCGACUUUUAAAAGUGUUUUUCGACUUCAAAAGCUGAAGCAGAGCCAAACACCUCUAAAAGUUUAGCUUUUGAAAAGUGUUUCUCUAAAAACUCCAGCUAGAAGCUGCUUCUGCAAAAUCUACAGUAGGGCCAAACUAGUUCAAUAACAACUAUCACGUCCAAGCUUCGAGAAAUUAUAAAUUUUUUUGAAGUGGGUUUGUUUCUUGUUUGGAUUCUACCAUUUUGUACGAUUGUUUUGAUGCAUGUACUUUCUAGAAGAUUUUUUUAUAUAUUUGUUUUUAAUCACAUACAACACAUGAUUUUUUCUUUGAUGUGGUAGUUCAUAUCAUUCAAAUGAAAGAUACUACAAUCUAUCUGUUCACUUCCCAUUUUGUUUCUAUGAUUUUGGCAACAAAAAAUGAAUUUUGAAGAAAUGUAAGCUAUCGUUUUCUGAUAAACAAACAAUUCCUGAAAACAUGAAACUGAAUAGGAUUUUUUUUGUGAAUCUGUAAAUUGUACUUUCUUUAAAACCUAAAUUGGAAUGAAUUUUUUUUUACUUGAAAUACAAAGGAACUCAUUUUCAACUGUAAAUUUUGAUCGGAGGUUAUGUUCAUCUUCCUCACCGUCAUGAGCACCACUAAGCGUUCACACACCUUGUCGGAAUCGCAAAACAAAACACUUUUGCUAAGGACAAGCUCACCAUUACGCACUCCGUCUUUGCUGAGAAAGUGUAAUCCUUCAAAAUUGCCAACGUGGAGGAUAAUUCUCUACCUACAAUUUUGUGUUCUCGAUCUUGCUAUCGAUACUUUCAUCUAGAGGACGACAACAUAUCGAUUAUGUUGGCGGUAUAGAUAAAUCCCGACGAAGAUCAAUUGGAGGGUGUAGAGAUUCCGGGAGGGGAGUAGAGGAUCAAGAGGGAAGAGUGAAGGUCUAGGGGUUUUGGAGAGGAGGGAGCAGGGGCGGACCUAGGUUAGGCCGACCCUUGUCAAUUGACAAACUUUGUUCUAAUUUUGAGACAAAUAUUUUUUGUAAAUUUUAUUUUAAUGAUGGUAGUAUUCGAUCUCAAAAUUAUUUGACAACCCUUGAUGAUUUUAUUUUUUUGUUGAAUACCCUUGAUGUAAUUUCUGGAUCCGCCACUGAUAAGGAGCCAUAGAUGGGUUGAGAUUUGUGUGAUGGUAAUUGGCAGGGGAGUGUCUUGGUUCUCCGUCGACGUGGGAUAGAGAGAUGAGGGUGCAUUGGAUAUUGAUGGGUUUUGGGUAAGUGGGUUGGGUUUUUAUUAGUGUUAAACAAAUGAGUUAUCAUUAUUUUGUUGACAUGACAUAUGUACUUGGCAAAAUAAGUAACUUUUAAUUCGUAGUGUUAGUGUUAUGGAUGAAAAAAUGAAAUGAAGCUAGAAAAACGAACAUAGGCUAUAUCCAAUGCACAAUUUCCACUGGUAUAACUUCCCUAAUUAUCAAAGUUUAAUGGUAUAUACCAAUUAACCCAAUUGAAGCAAACUCUUCCCAGUUGCUUAAAGGGAUUGUUUGGAUGAGACUUUUCUUAAAUGAGUCAUUUGAGCUCAAAUGUGCUAUUUUCAAAACCAAACCUUUUUUAUAUAAGACAUUUUGAAUUAACGAGACAUUAUGCUCAAAGCCAUGUUAGUUUAGAGAAUUUAAAAUGAGAUACUUUGGUUAAAAUUACAAAUUUUGGCCCAACUCACUUCUCUUUUCUCUUUUGCCAUCUCUAGUCAUGAACCCUUAUUCAGUCACCAAAUCUCCCACCGCGUUGGCAAGGACAACGAUAUCAAAACCAUCUCCUUAGUGGCGGAGCCAGAAAAUUGGCUAAGAGGGUGUCUUUUCCAUAUAAGAAAAAAGUCAACUAUAAACGAAAAAAGUUAAUAACAUAAUAUCCAAGAUUCGUACAAUUACAUAAUAACAGUAAUAUUUACCUCACCUACAACGAAUCGCGACAAGAUUUCAUAUUCUCUUAAAGAAUUGCAGAACGCAUUGCGAAGAGUCGAAUACUCACCAGCGGAAUUUAGUGGGUGGCGGUAGCGAAGCUCCGACAAAAUAUUGGUCGGACAUGGGGACAAGGAGCUUGGAUGAGGAGACUUGUUACAGCGCUGCAGUGGGAUUGCUUUUAAGGGGAGAGCUCUCAUCUCUCGUUUCUCGCUAUGGUUGUCUAUCAGUGGGAUAGUGGUGGGAUGCAAAAUUUAUUUAGUUGUUGGUAUUAGGAAAGACUAGAUUAUAAAUAGAGUCGGAGAGGAUUUAUAACACAAAUGUUGCUUAGCUGAGAUGGGAAUGUAGUCUAUAUGUCAAUGCACUGUCGCUUGUUUGAAUCACAAGUUGCCAAUAUAUAUUGGGGGAUUUUUUUCCAAUUGCCAAGGGGGCUGCACGCACCCCCAGGUACUGCAUCUCCUAUACCCCCUCCUUUAUCAGAGCCACCCAACGUUUCCUUCUACAGAUGUGAAAUUGUCUAGCGAUAAUGGAGUUUUGUUUGGGUUAUAGUGGUGGAGAGAUUUUUAGUUGCACUUUCUAACUCAUCUUGUUUUUUCAUCUCGUUCAGAAGAAAUCCCCACUCGCAGACUUCCUUCUCUCUUUUCUUUCCUUCGACGAGAGCUCCAAAAGACAGUUGCAUGAACAUUGGCGUAGAAGAUUCCUUCUUCCUCUUUCUGCCAUUGUCGAGCCUUUGUUAGGAGAGGUGGCUCUAAGAUUGGUCGGAGCAGUCAACGGUAGAUUGGGGUCUAAGCUUGGUCGGAUUUCAGAUAGAGAAGUUUGUCGGUGGUAGAGGGGUGAAGAGGAGUUGCAGAAUUGAUUCAAUUGGGAAGAUGAUGAGUAUGGAUAAGUUUGGAAGAAGUUGAAAAAAUGAAACAUUUCAAAAAAAUAUGGGGAAGAUAUUUCAAAAAAUCUCAAUUAAAAUAUCUAAAAAAUUCCAGUCUCGUUUUAAUUUAUGUUUCUAAACGAGACUUUUGUAUCAAAUGUCUCAUUUUAAAAUACUGUGACAUAAAACCCACACUUAAUGCCCAUCCAAAAGACCCCUUAAAACCGGUUUACUUUGAGCACUUUUAAUAUAUUUUAAAGCAUUGGUGUUUUAAUGAACAAAUUGAAGUUGUACCUAAAUAUAAAUGUACAACUCCAAGUUGUACCAUAAAGAGACUCGUACAAAAAAGUAUAGGUACAACUUGAAGUUGUACUAUAAUGUUAAAAGUACAACUUCGAGUUAUACCAUAAAGGCAGAAAACUAAAGCACCAAUGCUUUAAAGCAUAUUAAAAUUCCUUUUUUUUUACUUUUCAUUUUGUUUUCUGUUCGUUUCCAACUCUGAAAACAGAAAGUGGUAGCUUCCUGCAGUUUUCGAAAAUGACAAAAUGUUGUUUCCACCAGUUCCAACAUCUGUUUUCUCAUAUUUUCAAACGAAAAGUCUUUUGUCUUCUUAUCGAUGAGGUGCGAUAUUUGAAUGACAUUACUCAAAAUUAUGUUUUAAUAAUUUUUUUCGUCCUUUAAUUUUUCUCUUUUACAUUACUUUUCUCCUUUUAUUAGAUAUAAUUUUCAUCUUAUCGACUAUUUGAAACCAAAUGAAUGAAUAACUCAUUUCAAUUCAAAAUGAAUUACUAUGUGAAAAUUCAUUUUUAAAUGAAUUCCUACGUUUGGAAUACUAUCCCAAAUUAUGUUUGAAACACAUUUAUAAUUGAAUUAAAUAAAAUCAUUUCAAAAUGUACGCCAAUUCAGUAAGUAACUUAGAACAUGAUGUGUAUCGUGUACCAAGCACAUGAUGUGUAUUAAAAUCAAUCAUUGAAAGCGUGCACUAACUAUAUGACAUGGAGUUCUAAAAGUAACAGCGUUACCAUCACUUAACUUAUUCAAAAUUUACCAUUGAAAAUGAAUUCCUUCGUAUUUGAAGUAAAAAAAAGAUCAUUCCAAUUUCAGAUUUUAAAGAGAUUACAGUUUUCAAAUUCACCAAAAAUUCUAUCUAAACAGGUUUUCAGUAUCAUAUUUUCAGAAAUUUGUUUCUCAAACUGAAAGCUUCCUUUUCCCUUGAUUCAUUUUAUGUUGCCAAGACAGAAAAGCAAAAUAAAAAGCAGUGUUAUUAAAGCCGAGCCGCUCGGCCCGACUGGUAAAACCGCCACCCGGUCACAAAAUCGGCUCGAAAUAGUAUAAAGUCGCUCCAGUUUUAUGUAGCGGUUGGCGAGCGGUCGAGGUGGUUAACCGUUCGAGCCGCUCGUCCGGUUUUUGCCACUCAACCACUAAAUUUAAUUAAAAAAAUUGCAGAAAAUUGGAAAUUGAAAUAAACCAAAAACGUCCGGUUCUCUAACCAUUUUUAAACGGUCUAAUGCCGGUUGGACCACUAAAGUGUGAGUCGUUCGCAUUACCGGGUCAUGCUCCAGUUCGGUUCUGGCAACAUUGAUAAAAGUGAACGGGGCCUGAUAAACAUAUCGUAAUUGUAGUUUGUAGAUGACAGACAAAAAUCACAAAUGGAUCCAGGUCAAACUAAUUCGGGUCAUAUCCGGUGGUGAAUGGACAUUAAAACGGGUUCGGCAUUCCCAGAUCAAAUUGGGGUAAGGUUACGGGUCGAAUAAAAUGGAACUCUAGACCCCUCUCAAAGGGGUAAAUUGCAAGUUUUGUCACUGAAAUUACUAAUAAGUUUCACAUUUGCCACUAAAAUUAGUUUAUUCCAUUCAUGGUCACUAAAAUUAGUUCAACAGUUCAAAAAUGGUCACUCUCCGUUAUUUUAGUGAUCAUUGAUGAAGUAAACUAAUUUUAAUGACAAAUGUAAAAUUUUUUAAUAAUUCCAAUGACCAAACUUGCAAUUUACUCCUCUAAAGUUUUCCCAACAGUCCAAACUCCAAAGUCCAAACUCCAAACACUACCAGCAGCAGCUCGGACACACUGACGAAAAACGAAAAGUAAAGCCGAAAACCUUCCUUUCUCCAUUCUUCUCCAACAAUCCUUCGAUUCUCAGGUUCCAUUUCUCUUUCUCCCAAAAAUGUCGACGCUGACAAUGGACCCAAUUGACCUGGACGACAUCGACCUGGACGCCUCCGAUUUCAAUUCUUCCCUCCCCCUGAAGAAGGUCCCCAACGGCGACGUAUUCGAAGCCGCCCGCGCCGGCGACGUCGACCGCCUCCGCUACCACCUCGAGUCCGGAGGGGUCAACGUCAACGCCCGGGACCGGUGGGACUCUGUAGCCCUCUAUUAUGCCUGCCUCGCCGGCCACCUCGAGGCCGCCCGGAUGCUGCUGGAGAGCGGAGCUAUUUGCUCCGAGCACACCUUCGAUGGCGAUAGGUGUCAUUACGCCGCCCUGAAUUUGAAGGUCAGGAAACUCUUGAAGUCAUUCGAGGCUCGUCCGCCGCCUUUGGGUCCUCUGCCUUCUGCGCUGCGGGAUGUUUUUCUGAGUUGCGCCGCCAAUCGCCGGUAUUUGGAGCUCGUUGAGGGUAGCUUCCAAGUUGCAGGUGUUUCAUUUGGUGGUGCACCCAAUUCCAACCACUUCCCUCCUGAUGUGGUGUUUUUUGUGCAAGGUAGGCCCGUCGAGGCUCACAGAGUCGUACUAAGCGCUCGGUCCCCAUACUUCAAGAGGAAGUUUCAAACUGAUUGGAGGGACCGAGUGGAAGUAAGGUUCUCGAGGGAAAAGCUGUCUUACCCUGCUCUGUUCUGCCUCAUUCAGUUCUUCUAUUCAGACAGACUGGAAGUAGCUGUCGAAGACAUGGAAAGCCUUGUGAGAAUCUGUAAAGUGUGCAAAUGCGAGUCAUUACAGAGAGUUCUCGAGAAUGAACUCGUCCACCAGAAGUUUGCUGAGUACAAAGCACUGAGAGAUGUGGACGACUCUCAAAAGCGGUUUAUCUUACAAGGCCUUUCAUUACCUGAGGAAGACCGGCUUCCUGCUGCAUUGCAUAGGGUUCUUCAGACUUCACUGUCCAAGUCAACUUUGGAAGGAAGCCUUGAUAGGGUAGACUCUUCAUUUGGUGCAAAAGGGACAAGUGAUUGUGUCGAUGAUGAUCUGGCUGAUGUUUGUAUUAGAGUUGAUAAGAAGAUUUUCCGUUGCCAUCAAGUGGUUUUAGCAGCAAGGUCCGAGUAUUUUAGAGCAAGAUUGUCUCGUAUGAAGGACUUCGAUGAGGGGAAGAAUGGGAUGCCGGAGAAUGGUCUUCCGUGCCUUGAAGAACGUGAUUUGAGCAUGGAGGCAUUCGAGAAGAUGCUCGAGUACAUGUACGCUGAUGCUUUAACUGAUAUAGAUCCAGAUCAGGUUGAGGAAAUGUUCGAUGCUGCUUCUAGGUAUUUGUUAUUUCCUCUCAAGCGUGCUGUUGCAGAUGUAUUGCUGCCACAUCUCGAAACAGUCUCACCUGCUGAACUCUGCCAUUGGUUGAUACUGUCAGACAUGUAUGGCGUGCUGAAGAUUCGCGAGUAUUGCUUGGAUGUGAUUGCUUGUGAUUUCGAGACGUUUGCUGAUGCACGAGAGUUCCGAGCAAUGCUCUUAACCCUGCCGCCACCAUCUGGAGACUCGUCCCUCCGGACAACUGCUCCAAGCGCUCCUGGAGCUGAUAUGAACACAGACCAAGCUAACCUCCUGGAUGAUCUGCGAGAGAAAUGGCUGGAAGCUGAGGCUGCGGAGCUUGACAAGCGAGAUGAAAGUGCUCUGUUGUUCGACAAACGGUUGGAGAUUCUUAUGCUUGUUGCAGAGAAAGAACAUUCUGAUGGACCCAGCCUUGAUUGGAUAAAGAGAGAUCCAGAAAAUAAGGCUUGAGAUUUUCAGAUAUCCACACGCUCAUAUGAUGAAUUGUUCUUGUAUUAUGUCAAGUAACUAUUGACAGGUUGAAUAAUAUAGAAUGUAGGCUUUAUAUGUAUAAUAUGCCUCUUUAUUCUACACUAGUUUUUUGGCCGCGCUUCGUCGUGGUAAGAAACUAAUUAUAUUUAA